AUGACUGACCCCGUUAUAAUCGCAUCAGGCCAGACCUACGAGCGUGCUUCUAUCGAGCGGUGGUUCGCGGAGGGUAAACGGACGUGCCCCAAGUCUGGCGUGCGGAUUGACCAUACAAACUUCUGCCCGAACUUUGCGCUAAAAAGCAUGAUCUCUGAUUGGAUGGCGCAAGACGAUCAGGAGUUCGAACGUUCUUCCGAUGGGGUAGUGCGGAAGAAAAAAGUGGUUAAGAAGAAGAGUGCGGAUGGUGGGGAGGAGAGCAAGGGGGAGAGGGGGCGCAAGGCUUCAGGCUCGGGAAGUGGUUCGGACGCCGGUGGUAAGGCUCGGGCGAGGUCCGUCAGCCCGCUGCCGUCGAACCUGUCGAAGAAAGUGGCGGCGAUGGGCGGUGGGGAUGGGCAGGCAGGCGACGGACCGACGGAUAUUAAAUCCGUAUGGGAUUCUAUUGCGGCGCAGAGCAGCAAGCCUAAAAAGGCUGGCGGAGGUUUGCAGCGGCAUUUAUCGUACUUUCCGCGCGGUGAAGAUGGGUUUGGAUCUCCCGCCGACGAUGAUGAUGACGUAGGGGGGAAGCUUUCCGGCGGAAUGUCCGCGCUCAAGUUAGGCCGCGCCGGCGGCGGGGGUGGCGGUCCGGGGAAGGUAUCAGAUCUGAUGAAGGGGAGGAGUAUGAAGAUGACUAGGAAGCAGCGGGAUAAGCUACUAUCGGAGGUAGUAGUGGACGGGGCUAGAGGCGGUGCGGGGCUAAGGAUGCCCGCCGAUGCGCCGUCGUCGGGCGACGCGGACGACACGGCGCCGCCGUCGCUGCGCAGCAGCGCGAAGAUGCGAUCCCAGACGGAUACGGGCAGGAAGGUGAAGAAAUCUGAGAGGGACGCGGAUAGGGCGGCAGGUGGGGGAGGGGGGCGGGGGGACGAGGAGUACGGCGGGCACGGGGAGCACCUGGGGCCGGCGGGGAGAACUUUGGCGGGGGGAGGCGGAGGCGGAGCAGGCGCCAUCAUGUCCCCGCUGCCGCAGCGCCCGGGCUCGGUGGGGCACGGGCGGGUGCCUAGCAUUAGCAGCAACAGCAGCGGGAGCAGCACGGGCGGGCGACGGCACUUCGGUAUGGACUCUACUGAUGGGAGCAGCAUGGGCGGCGCCAGCAGCGCUAGCGGCGGCAGGCGGCAGUUCGCCGCGAAUCCCGGCGACGAGCGGCCCAGAACCUCGGGCGCCGCGUUCGGCGGGGAGUACGGGCAGGGGGGCGGAGGCGGGGGCGGGGGGGAGCCGUGGAGGGGCGCGGGGUCGGGGAUGGCACCCAGCGGCAGCACCGGGGGCAGGCCCAAGGGGCUGCGGAAAGGCGUGCUGAAAAACGCUGCUGGCGCUGCUGCUGCUGCUGGCGGCGGUGGCGGCGGCGGUGGGGGCGGAUAUGGCGGGGGGCAGGGGCAGGGUUUAGGGCAGGGGCAGGGCUUGGAGAGGCUGACGUCAUCCAUCCCGCAGUGGCAGGCGGAUAUCGAGGCCAUGUCGGCCGGCAGAACUUUCCGAAAGUCGCCGACCAAACCGUCGCCCCACUUGCACGACGUGGACGUGGAGAGUACAUCAUCGGCUGGUAGGGCUUUCAGAAAAUCCACCACCAACCCCACAAUGCAGGAUGUAGACAUGGGGUAUGGUCACGCCACUCCCCCCAUGACCCCUCCCCCUCAGUUCCCCCCCCAGCCGCCGCAGGGUCCUUCUGCUACAGGCGGCGGCGGCGCUCCAGGCGUGCCGCGGCUGCAGAGAAACAGCAGCGCGCGCAGCACGUGCAGCAUGAUGAGCAUGCCGGGCGGCAGCAAUGAUGACCCGGGCGGCGCGCCGGUUCGGCGGGACAUGGGCCCGAUGGUGGAGGCGCUGAAUUUCGGGUCAGGUGUGGACCGGCGGGCAGCUGUGCGAGACAUCCGAACUGCCAUCAAGGGCUGCCCGGAAAACAAAGCGCAGCUGGUGCAGCUGGGGGGGAUCGAGCCACUAGUGGAAGUAAUCGAAUCAGACGACUUAGAAGCAGCAGAACACGCUGUGGCUGCCCUCAUGAACCUAUCCCUCCACUGGAACGCAUCAGGGGAGAUCGUGCGAGCAGGUGGGAUACCAGCGCUUGUUGGGAUGCUCAAUCACGGCACGUCUGCCUCGCAAGGCAACGCUGCCGCCACCCUAUUCGCUCUCUCCAAAGAAGACGAUCACAAGCUGAUGGUCCGAGCCUCAGGGGCCAUACCCGCGCUCAUCUCUCUCCUCAAAACCGGCACGGUGCGGGCGAAGAAAGACGCGGCUCUGGCUCUCUUCACUCUCUCCACGCAGGUGCGCUGCGCCCGGGAUAUCCUCAAGGCCGGGGCUGUCGAGGUCCUGCUAGGCAUGUGUGGCUCGGGCGACUCCGCCGACCCUCCCCCGCCAGGCUUGGAAGAGAAAGCCACGGCGGUGCUCUCGAACCUCGCCCGGUUCCCGGAAGGGUGCCAAUCUAUUGUGGAGUCUGACGGGCUCACCAUGUUCGUUGAUUUACUCGAUGAGGGGUCGUCGGCGCGAGUGAAGGAGGAUGCGGCGUCGGUGCUGCUACAGCUGGCGGCCAUGGGGUUUGUGACGUACGGGGACUUGCUCGCGGAGGGAGUGCUGCCGUCGCUGGUGCGCGUGUCGCAGACGAGUGCCGAGAACUCCGAGGCCAAGACGCUGCUGCAGAUUCUCAGGCAGCACUGCGCGGAGAACAAGCGGUGA